AUGUCUGGGUGUCUUGAAUUCCUUAAGUGUGUACUUUGUUGUGUACAAGAACGUGAAGAAGAUCCCUAUGUUGUAUUGGGUUCAAGGUCAAGAAAUAAUUCAUCAGAUGUUGGAUCAAGUUGCUUUAGGUCUGUGGAAAGAAUCAAUGAUAGAUUUCAGAGUUUCUAUAGUCGCCCAUAUGCACCCAUAUAUUCCGAUGAUCUACCUGCAUCUCCCUCUGCAUUAACUCAAUCUUCAUCAAAAUUGUUCCCCCCUUCAGCACCUCCAUGGCCUGAACCCCCAGCAUCAUCUUCUAAUCAAUCUCAAUCUUCACGUGCACCGGCAACAGUUCUUUCUAGACCCUCUCCAUUUCAACCAGUACCUUCAACAACUGCAUCGAAACCAUCACCUGAUCAAGCGACAACAUUGUCAUUCAAAUCAUCUCUAUUACCACCUCCACCUUCAACUUCUUCAUCAAAAUCAUCCCAUCAAGAUCCUAUUCCUGCUUUCCAUCCAUCUCCAUCUCCUAAACCACUCCCAUCAUUUCUUAAACCGCCAACUUCAUCUUCUAAUCAAUCUCAAUCUUCACGUGUACCGGCAACAGUUCUUUCUAGACCCUCUCCAUUUCCAUUAGUACCUUCAACAACUUCAUCGAAACCAUCACCUCAAGCUACAACAUUGUCAUUCAAAUCAUCUCCAUUUCCACCUCCACCUUCAACUUCUUCAUCAAAAUCAUCCCAUCAAGAUCCUAAUCCUGCUUUCCAUCCAUCUCCAUCUCCUAAACCACUCCCAUCAUUUCUUAAACCCCCAGCAUCAUCUUCUAAACCCUCUCCAUCUUCAUCUAAAGCAUCCCCAUCUUCACGGCCAGGACCAUCUUCAUCAUCCUCUAAGCAGCCUCCAUCCUUCAAACCAACUCUAUCUCUGGCUUCCCCAAAUUUAAUUAAUGAGCAGACAAAAGUCAGCUACUCGUUGGUUCAAAAGGUUAUGUCACCUAUUUACGCGGUUCCCAAGGAUAUUGAGGACUUGAUCAAGAGAGACAUAGUGCCUGAAGUUCUUAAUGAAAUGUUGUCUCCUUCCACAUACAAGGAUUAUUUUGCUGCCCUUCUGUAUGCCGAGGACUUCUACAUUGAGAAAUGGAGUAAAUUUAAAUUGAAGAAUAUUGCUCUCAAGUUGAAAGAUGCAGCAAUCAUUAAGAAGCGUGGCAGGAAUGAAUACUUCGGUGAAAGUCAUGAAAAGGAUAAUAAAACCUUUGUAGAAUUUGAGAUUGACUCAUGUCGUGAGAAGCGGCCAUUUCUUUUGUCCAGAGACUUUGCCUUUGCACGACCUUCAAGUCAAAAAACCGAGCCAUAUCAGGGUGUUAUCUAUCGCGUGGUGAGGAGCACUAUUGUACUGGUUGAAUUUGGCGAAGAUUUUCUUUUGCAGCACCAUUCAACCCGUGAAUAUGAUGUUAGCUUCUCAUUUAACAGAGUUUGUUUGAAAAGGGCUCACCAAGCGAUAGAAGCCGCUUCAGAUCCUUCAUUUAAAAAUUUCCUUUUCCCUAAUUUUGUCCACAGAAAGAGUAUCCCAACCUCUACACCUCUCCAUUUUAUCAAUCAUAAACUUGAUGCGUAUCAAAGAUCUGCUGUUCACGAGAUUUUGAGCUUUCGAGGACCACCACCUUAUCUUGUUGAAGGUCCACUUUGUUCGAAAGAGUAUUCAAAACAACUAUCAAGGAUUGGAUUGGUGGUCCAGGAAGCAGUACUCCAAAUUUAUCAAAGUUCAUCAAAGCAUCGGAUUCUUAUAUGUGCACCCAUUAACAGAACAUGUGAUGUUCUGAUGCAAAGCUUAAAAAUUGAUAUUCCAGAGUCGGAUAUGUUUCGAGCAAAUGCUGCUUUCCGGGAGAUAGAUGGGGUGCCUAUUGACAUCCUAACAUCGUGUGUGUACAAAAGGGAUUGUUUUACUUGUCCAUCUAUUCGGGAACUCAGGAAAUUUAGAGUAAUCUUGUCUACUUUUGUUAGUAGCUUUCGGCUGCAUAAUGAAGGGAUAGUUGCUGGCCAUUUUAGCCAUAUUUUUUUGGUGAAUGCUUCAUCAGCUACUGAGCCAGAAGCAAUGGUGGCUUUGGCUAAUUUGGCUAGUGAGAAUACAGCAGUGAUAGUUACUGGUGCUCCAGGAAACCAUUCAGGCUGGGUUCGUUCCAAUAUUGCAAGGGAGAAUGGGCUAAUGACAUCCUACUUCGAAAGACUUCGUGAUAGCAAGCCAUACUGGAAUUCACAUCCUAAGUUUAUCAUGCAGCUGGUUGAUCAUCCCGAGAGUAAAUCAGUUGAUUCUUAUAGCUAUGCCCAUGAAUCAGUAUCGUAUGACUAAGCUGUUCUUCCAUAACUGCAACAUCAUAAUACCCUUGAGUCACUGGAUUUCUUGCAAGCUUUCUGGUUCUUUGUAUAUGUGUUAAAUGCAUGAAGAAUUAUGCUGUAAGUUGAAAAUUGAUACAAUGUUGGGUUUUGGUUCUGCAUUUUGCAUGUUCUGUGGGAUAUUGAUCGGUCUUCAUCUGCCUCACUGACAAUAUAAGAUUAAACCUUUCUCGGACA